AUGGAGGACAACGCACAUGAGGACGACAACGAGGUGGGCCCGGUAGACGAAGACGAUACCCUCGACGAGGUCGAGAAUGACGAAGCGGCGCCUCUCGCAACUCGGAGGAAUAUCGCCAAUACCUUGCCGACCACCUCGCAAACGCCGCCCGUGCCGAAUGCCGCCGCGAGCGCAACCUCUCUUGACCAGGAACCGCCUGGAGUGGCCCGACACGUGGUUCCUCCGCAGCACACCGCCUACUUCAACUCUGUUGAGACGUGGGAAUCGGACAAACAAGGCAUGACCGAGGAGACAUGCAGUGUACGCUUCGGCGACGACUUCAGCAUACGCGACGAGUAUGUUCGCGAACUAGCCAAGGCGUGCCCCAAACUAACGUCCUUCAGUGCGGGCAACUGCGACGAUGGCCAUGGUGUUCCGGUAACUGACGCCGCCAUAAUGGAGAUGGCUCAGCAUUGCAAAGAUCUGCAAAAGCUGCACCUCCAUUCGCACACAAAUAUCACGGACGCUGCUGCGGUGGGUGUCGGGCAAGUGUGCCACAUGUUGGAACACGUCGAGAUCACACGCCAUGACAGGAGCCAGGGCAAAAUCACGCAGAAGUUCCGCCAAGAACUGGCGGUGACGCCGGCUCUCGCGCCAAAUCUGCCGCAGCUCACCGUUAUAGACCAGCAGGUCGGGGAUGCUGUGGGAUUGUUGAAGAAGAACCGUCCAGUCCUCCGUAUCACAUAUGGAGGGUUGGCGAUGGGUUUGCCACUUGAGCGGUGCUUGGCAUGAUGGGCGGAGAUCAGACAGUUUUCCGCAUAUAGUAGCAAGUGGAUGCACGUCGCCUAGCAUACACAAUGUACCCUGUGAAUGUCGGGUUCGUGGAAAGCGGUGUGAGAUGAUCUGUUGCCCACGGUGCUUGCGCGGGUCGGACAAGGUUGUCUCAUUGUCGGAGGUACACUGGCGCCUUGGGGCGGUGACGGGCAUGAGAUCGUUCGCUAGCACAGAUGAGAUUUGAGCGAACAGCCUGGCACAGAAUGCCAUGUUAAGAUAUGAAAUGAUGUAGGUAUGAACAAAAUUGAUGCGAUAACUUAAAUAACACAAUCUGCGACUCCAACAGUAAAGCUAACGUACGCCAGUGUC